AGUGUCGGUUUGUUGUUUCGACCGUCACAGCUGUCAGUGUCUCUUCCUUAUGGUAAAAAUGUCCACUGUUACGCUGCCGGGAAACGACCAGCAUGUCUUUCAUCGACGUGACUUUGACGAGCCACCGUCAGUGAACCGGAGAGGAGGCGGACACUCUGCUCUGCCGGUCCCCAGUGCUAGGCAGCCCACACUCCAACACCAGCGACACCAGGGCAAUGUUAGACGGACACGACCUGGACCACCCAGUGACCCCAGUGCUGCGUGGCCCCAUGUGGACGAUCCCACCACACGGCCUCAGCUAGAUGACUGUGAGCGCAUGGGGACUCUGUUCGGGAUGCUCAACAAGUGCCUGCGGGGGAUGGGCUUCAGCCAGAUGUACUUUGGGGACAAGAUAGUGGAGCCAGUGGUGAUCGUCUUCUUCUGGCUGCUGCUCUGGUUUCUGGGUAUUCAGGCUCUGGGCCUGGUGGGAGCUCUGUGCAUCAUCAUCAUCUACAUCCAGAAGUAAUGAGAAUGGAUUACCAGUGGAGCCUGGUCUUUUCUUUUGCUUCAUUACUUCUAUACAAAGGCAGGAUAUUAUGAUUGGAACAUGCAGUGGGUGUGUGCUUUUAGUGAGGCAGCUUUGUGAACAGCGCUGCGCUGCUCUGGUUUAGUGGCCGAUGGACAGGAAGCAGGUUCACUCAUCCUCUUCUGUCUCAUUAAACAGAGGUGGAGCUGUUGUCCUGCCACUGCUGACUCGGCAGAAUGGUGUCAUGUGAUUUGAAGCAAGGGGAACAAACCCCUUGACAAGGUUUGUUUGUGUUCUCGAGUCAAAGGCUACAAAAGUGAAAGCCAAGAGUCAAAAUGCUCAGGAUAUAAAAUUGUCUCCGUAAGGAUCCUUUCACUUUAAAAUACGGUACAUCACUUAAAGCAACACUGUCUUUUUCACUCACCUCAGUUCAGCGUUGCUCUUGAACUUCCUGGGCCUAAAUGUGGCAGUUUCAGUCUCUGACAAUCAUUAAAGGAAGGUGCCGUAGUUUUUUUCUUUUCUUUUCUUUUUUGGCUUUAUUGAUACAUUUCCAUAAUAAGCUUUCAGCAUCAUGUCAUCAUUUUAAUCAGUUGUAGUUUCAAUCUGAUCAUUGAGCUUCUUAAAUCUUAAAUUUAAUGCACCAAACAAGAUUAAUCGAGAAAAUAAUCCAUAGAUUAAUGCAUAAUCACUAGUUGCAGCUCUACGUAGCCAAAUUGAUUUUUCAGUUUUUGGCUCACAUGUGUCUCCUGGGCAGACACUUUUGUCUGUUAAUCACAAUCUUCCUACUAAGGCUGGAAAUGAACCUUGGCUCCUACACACUUACUAAAGUGAAAUAGUGCAAGGACAGAGGUUCAGGUGCAGAGUGUCAACGACAGAAUCACCAUCUACAUGAUUCUGUCGUAAGGAAAACAAAAAAUAACGACCUAUAAUUAAAGGGAUAGACUGGGAUUUUUGAAGUAGAGGUGCGUGUUCACUGUGAUUAUGUCGUCUGACAAAAACAGAACACAGGAGUCUACUGCUGCCUCCAUCAGUAAGUCUGUGGUCCCCUUUACACCUGGCAUAAGGACGUGUUUUCUGUUACUGGACACAGAUCAGAUAGUGUGACGCCGCUUUCACGUUAACAUUUUAAUGCUGGGUCUAUAUCUUCAAAAAUAUAUCUGUCAGAAAAAUGUGGUUCAACGACGUGAUUCAAAUACUUGCUGAUAGAGGCAGAAAUCCUGAACUAUCCCUUUAAUUACAAGCGUACAUCGUGUGUUCUUGUGAAACCAUGCUGCGAAAUGUUUACAUGUCAUACACUGGGGAUUUAUGAUGAGUCACAUUGAUGGAAAGAUGGGAAAUAAGUUGGCACAAAACAGAACUUUUUUUUGUUUUUGAAAAUGUGUUAAAUGGAUACAAGCUCCUUGUGCCAAUUUAUGUUGUUUGCUUUUAGUAUAAAAUGUAUCAGACAUUUAUCAUGUAGGCAAAUCUUGAUUAGCGCUGGGCGGGUUCAUACUGAAAAUUGUAAUCGUUUUUUUCAGGAUAUGAAUCUUUCAUAUACUGUAAGACCAGUACAUAAAACUGAAGUGCAUGCUAAAGACGUAGCUGUGGAAGUAAUAGCAGGUGUAGAGUGGAGUGUUCCUAGAGGCGUCAACACAAGCAAUUUACUCCAACACCUUAGUAGAAAACAUGUGUUGGAGUGCUAAGAGAUUAUGCAGUUAACGCACUCAUGUUCAUGCAUGAAAAUAACACUUCUCUGUCACCAUCUUGUUAAACCCUGUAGCGCGCCAGGGGUUUGUGAUUGGUUUCCUUUUUAAGGAGAUUUCUGUAGUCUUUGCCAGGCAUGUAUGCAGAGUGAAAUCAAAGUGUAGUGUCUCAAUGGACUACUGGAUUGUGGAUCAGUGGAAAUUCCAUCUGGAUUUGAAUGUGAAUGGGAUUUGUUGGAUGUACAAACUGAAAAUGAACAUUGUUGACUUUAACAGUGUGAAAUGAACGCUCGGGUUUGCCACUUUUACCCUGCUGUCGGCAAAAUACACUGGAUGUUGUUUUGAGGUUUUUUUGUAAAAUGGUGAAAUGCCUAUAGUCUGAAUAACAGUUGAACAAAGGUGUCUUAACCAGUCACUCCGUUUUAUCCGAGUGGGAUUAACAUGAAGACCAAAGAUAUACUUGCUGAUAACGACCUUUACACGUUCGCAUCAUCAUGACUGUCUGACAUAUACUGCAUUUGUUGUGCACGUCCUCAGAAAUUCAUAUAACAUAUUGAAAAUAUGCAACACUAUAAGCACUGGCGGCAGUAACAGCGAGGGCCUCACCUGGGCUGUCCAUCAUUCAUUACUUAUGAAUUGUUUUCAGAUUUUAAUCAAAUCCAAACUGCUAUUGCUACUUUGACUACUUAUUAUUAUAAUAAUACUAUGUAUCCACAAGCUUUUACUACUGUUAUCAUGUAGUUGCUGUAAGUUUUGUCCACUAGAGAGCAAAUGUUGCCUCACAUGCAAUCUCUUCCACCAUGUACUGCAGAAACGUAUCACAUGUGUAUUUACAAAGCAUGUGGUUUCCAAGUAUAUCUCUGAAGUGCUGAAGUUGAACAAACAUGCUCACAUUUAUCAUAUCUAUAGCAUUACGUUUGCUCAUAUACUGAGCAUUCGGUUGCAUCUGAAUGUAUUUAAGGAAGCUGGUAUGUGAAGGGUAAGUAUGUGAAAGGGAGGAGUUUACUUUGAUUUGACCUUUGAUGGUAAAUACAGUUUCAGGUAUGUUUUUGCAGCCAAACAUGUUUUACUUCUGUUAUUGUUUAUUUUGUAUUAAUGUUUACAUCAUGUAGUCCUGUCACUGAUUUUUGUGGUUGAACUAGAGCAGAGGGAGACUGGUCUGUUUGUGUGUGAGUGUCAUGCACAUGAUUAAAAAUGCUUUGUUCACAAAA